AUGCCUUCGUCAACCGUUCAAGGUGCUAUUCUUGUGAAUGCCGGCGAUGUAACAACAACUUGGACCGCUCCACCAUCAUGCGCCACCAAACCAGUCACUGUCCAGCUUGGCAAUGGCGUUGAUGUUGGUCGGGGGGGUUGGCAAGAAAACUGCACUCUGGAAGACCCAGGCCCCUACGAUGAAUGUGUACCCGACGUCGGAAUUGCGCUUCUUAAUCUACUCCUCAACGCCACGAACAUAUCUACAAGGAGUCUUGUUUUUUACCAUUCACCAGGACUUGUUUGCCCAUCCGCAUGGACUCCUGCCGGAACGGCCAUCAGAUACGAUGCCACCUCGUACGACCUGAGCGGCGUCUUUGCCGACCCGACCCUGACGAUCACCAAGACUGCAAGCUCUACCGAGACCCAAACUUUGUCUCAGAUAACCCCCUACAUGAAUCCCGUCCCCAACAUGGUCAUGUCUGCUCUCGAGCCCGGAGAAACCGGAAUUUGGUGCUGUCCUUGGUGA